UCGUGAACAUUCGUUGUUUUUUCACAUUACUGUUCAACUCGCUCUGCGCAUGCGCAGAGCGUGUGAAAAUAUUCACUGCAUGUUUCCGGUUUGGUCGAAGGUUUCUCGAUAGUGUAAAUGCACGCUAAAUAAAAGCUGUUAUGAAACUGAUUUACGUUGUGACAACUGUUCAUAGCUGAGUACAUACUUCCAUUUCCUAUGCUUUUCAAUAAUUGAUGUCCUAUUCUGGUUGCAAUUCCAUCAGUUGCACACUUCACUGACAUAACAUUGAAAAUGAAAAUUUGUUCAGAGCAAAAUAAACAUUGGGGUAUGUCACACAGAAACAAAAAGUACUGUCUUGAAAUCCCCAUUUCAAUGUGCUUUGAAUGAGUUCCGAAUACAUGUUCGUUGAAUUUGAAAAAUACACAGAUAAAUCCAGUUGCAUUACCAAUAUUUUCGUACUGACGGUAAUACUUCCUUCAAUUUCAGCACCAGUCCGGAGAAUACAGAAAAGAUACUUGGAUGAUAACACUGUGCCAGUACCACAAAGUACACAAUACAGAUGGAAAAAGUCUAAAUUGGAGCAUAAAAAUGAAAGUGUUGCAAGGAAAUCCCUUCCGUUUGAUAAGACAGGGAUCACUGCUCAUGCUGAAUCCUCAUUUCAUGUAUUGGAUGAAAUUAACACGCACUCUGAUUCAUCUGAAGGUUAUCAACAUGCUCAAGUGACAAAUAUAGAUCAAGUGGAUGUAUCUGAAGAUGAUAACCGUGCUUCCAGCAUUGAUUCAAUUUCCUCUUCUUGUGGAGAUGAAUCUGGUGAAGAUUCUUCUAGCCUCUCAGAAGCUGAAGAUGAGUUAAGAAGCUUGACAAGUGAUGAUGAUAAAAUUCAGAUGACAAUGACCCGACUUUUAAGUGACUUAAGCUGUAAUGCAGCAAAUUUAGCACCACAAGCAGAACAAGCAUUAAAGAUGCUUUCCUGUUUCUUAAGAAAUAAUAUGUCAGCAAGUACAUGCAAGGAUAUUUUGAGAACUUUGAAAGAAAUGUAUCCAGACAUUGCAUCUGUUCAAAAUCUUACUUAUGACAACAUCUGGAAAUUUGUGGAUGAUUCUUGUGUCAAGGAAUACCAUUACUGUUUACUGUGUAAAAGAGUUUUCCCAGAAGAUUGUGAUGCUUUUGCCUGUGAGAGUGAAGGUUGUAAUGGUUACCGAUACAAAGGACCAUUUUCUGCUCAGUCAAAGAAAGGACGCCAACCAAGACAAAGCUUUGUCUUUGCUGAUGUGAAAGCCCAACUGACAAAUCUGUUACAGAGUCCUGGUAUUUGGUCUGACAUCCAAGAAAAAAAGAGCCUCCUAUACUAUACCAAGAGGAACACUGGUAUAAUUGAAGACAUUACAGAUGGUGAAUCUUACCAGAAGUUGCGGAGUGAAGGGGAGUUUCUCUCCAGUCCACAUAAUGUGACCGCAGUUUUAAACACUGAUGGAGUAAACCUGUAUUCUUCAUCAAGGAUUGAAUUCAGGCCAAUAUUUCUGGCUAUCAACGAACUGUCCCCUGCUGUCAGAUUUGCAAGGGAUAAUAUGAUCCUUGUGGGAAUAUGGCAGGGAAAGGGAAAACCUCCUUUUCAAAAUUACUUAAAACUCCUUUGCAAAGCAGAUGAAUCCUCUGUAUGAAGAUGG